AUGAUGGCCGGGGCCCGCCUCUCCCAGGUCCGCAUCCCAGCGGUCGCCGCGUGGCUCCUUUGCUUGCUCGGCCUCCUGGGCACCGAGGCCGGGCCGCCGCCCGUGCCCCCCGGUCUGCUCACGGCCGACAACUGCCUGGACCGCUUUACCCCCGGGGUGCCUGCCUUCGUGCUCGACACCGACGCCUCGGUGAGAAACGGCGCCACCUUCCUGCGCUCCCUCACCGUGCGUCGCGGCCGGGACUGCGUGCACGUCUGCUGCAGCUCCAACGACUGCAAUCUGGCGCUGGUGGAGUUGCAGCCCGACGGCGGGGAGGACGCCAUCGCCUCCUGCUUCCUCAUCAACUGCCUCUACGAGCAGAACUUCGUGUGCAAGUUCGCGCCCAGGGAGGGCUUCAUCAACUACCUCACGCGGGAGGUUUACCGCUCCUACCUCGAGCUGCGGACCCAGGGCUUCGGAGGGUCCCGGAUCCCCAAGGCCUGGGAAGGCACAGACUUGAAGGUACAGCCACAGGAACCCCUGGUGCUGAAGGGUGUGGAGAACACAGACUGGCACCUACUGCAGGGUGACACAGACGUCAGGGUAGAGAGGAAUGAUCCAGACCAGGUGGAGCUGUGGGGACUCAAGGAAGGCAGCUACCUGUUCCAGCUGACGGUGGCCGGUUCAGACCAGCCAGAGAGCACGUCCAACAUCACAGUCACCGUGCUGUCCCCCAAGCAGACAGAAGAAUAUUGCCUCGCAUCCAGCAAGGUGGGCCGCUGCCGUGGUUCCUUCCCCCGCUGGUACUACGACCCCACAGAGCGGAUCUGCAAGAGUUUCGUUUAUGGAGGUUGUCUGGGCAACAAGAACAACUACCUUUGGGAAGAAGAGUGCGAGCUCGCCUGCCGCAACGUGCAAGGCCCCUCAGUGGAAAGGCAUCAUCCAGUGUGCUCUGGCACCUGUCACUCCAACAAGUUCCGCUGCAGUGAUGGCUGCUGCAUCGACAGCUUCCUGGAGUGUGAUGACACCCCCGACUGCCCUGACGCCUCAGAUGAGGCCACCUGUGAAAAAUAUACCAGAGGCUUCGAUAAACUCCAGAGGAUCCAUUUCCCCAGGGACAAAGGCCACUGCGUGGACCUGCCAGACACAGGCCUCUGCUUGGAGAGCAUCCCCCGCUGGUACUACAACCCGUUCACUGAACACUGCGCCCGCUUUACCUAUGGCGGUUGCUAUGGCAACAAGAACAACUUUGAGGAUGAGGAGCAGUGCCUUGAGUCCUGUCGUGGCAUCUCCAAGAAGGAUGUGUUUGGUCUGCGGCGGGAAAGCCCCAUUCCCAACACAGGCUCCGUGGAGGUGGCCAUUGCAGUGCUCCUGGGCACCUGCAUCGUGGUGGUGGUAGCCAUCCUGGGUUACUGCUUCUUCAAGAACCAGAGGAAGGGCUUCCACAGACACCGCCACCACCACCCCCCACCCUCUACCCCCACCAGCUCCAAGGUAUCCACCACCGAGGACAUGGAGCAUCUGGUCUACUACCAAACAACCCGACCCCUCUGA